UGGCUUCCAAUUGGCUAGCUGUCACCGAGGGCCCCGCCUUCUGUCUAUCCCGAGGAAGCGAUGAGUAGCCUGAAGUCUAGAGUGCAACAUCAUGGCAACAUUUAUGGAGCGUCUGGCUUUUCUUCAAAACGUGCCUACUCUGAUGAAGGCCACGGCAGACGAUGAGAACCCUUGUCCUGGCUACCUCUUCCAGGAAAUAGGAAAGAUAUCCCAGGAGUCACCAGGCUGUGGCCAGUGUCUGCUGGAGUAUCUACUAGAGAGGCUGCAGGUGGACUCCUGCCACGUCAAACUGAAGGUCCUGAAGCUCUUCGUCCACCUUUGUGGUCAUGGAUCUCAACCCUUCCUCACAGAGCUCAGACGAAACUCCACCUUCAUCCAGCAGGCGGCUGUUUACAGUGGUCCUCCUGAUCCUAUCCAUGGUACUGCUCUGUACCAGAAAGUAAGAACUACAGCACAGGAGUUGGCCUCGUUGCUCUUCACAGAUACAGGCUCCUCCCAGAACUGCCUUUCUCCAUGCACACCAGCUACUCCCACCAUGGGUAUGGGGUCAGAGUCGAGCCACAGGUCGGGGAUGCAAGGUUUUGGCUACAGUCCCGGUAAGAGGGUGACAGGCAGUGACACAAUAUUGGACAAGAUCCAGAAAGCAGCAGAGGUGGUGGCGAGUGCUGUCCUGCCCCCCACCGAGCAUCAGGGCAUCCGUCUCCAUGACAACCACUAUCGGGCGGUGGCGGCGCCCGCUGCUCCCAUCGAGGUGGCAGUGCCAGCCUGUGCCUACACCAUGCCCCCCCAUAAACCCAAAGUGUCCCAACGCUGUCCAGGGCAGGUGGGUGGGGGCUGGGAGGAGAUUGACAGUGGCCACAGCUCCUCCCACAACUCUUCCCAGGAGAAUGCAGCCAAUAGUAGGGUUUCAGGAGGCGGGAGCAGCAAAUCAGGUGGCACAGAUAGCCAAUCAGGAGCCAGUAGGGAGAGCGGGGACCUGUCAGAGCGGGUGGAGGCUAUGCAGCUGGGGGACUGUGGCCAGGAGGUGGCACUGAUCAGCAGACUGGUGGAGGGCUCCAGAGUCUUCCUGUCCAGAGAGGAGAGCCAGCACUUCAUCAAGGAGUGCUCCAUUCUGAACUGUGAGGUGGUGGUAGAGCUUCUCUCUCGCAGACUGCAAGACCCCUCAAACACAGUCCAGAUGAGGGCACUCUGUGCUGUGGCUUGCCUCAUGACCUCUGACCUCCUGUCUCUGGAGCAAAUCCUCAGUGCGACCCAGCGGAGGUUGGCCCAGCUCAGCGAAGGAUCCCCGGGACCAGUGGCCAACAAGGCCACCAAGAUCCUGCGGCAGUUUGAGGCGCUGAUGGGCGGGGCUAAGUCUGCUGCCAGACGAGAUGCAGCACCCGAUAGUCUUCCUCCCUCUGCACCCUCAUACUCCGCCCCCUUACUGCUAACACACCCUGUUGACUUCACCACCUCCCACCUGGAGAGUGACCCUCAGUCCAAACCUCCACCCCUGUUAACCCCCCCCCCUCCCAUGCCUUGCCCUGAGGGGGACUACGGGAGGUCCCUCUACGAUGACGAGGAGGACGAGGAGGACGAGGAGGAGGAAACACUCACUCCUCCGAAUGACGAUCCCCUGGAGGGGCCGACUGGCUCGAGGACUAUGGAGCCACAACUCCCAGGUUUCCAGAAUGAGAGGGGCGCUCUCCCGUUCCUCGAGCCCCAGCCACAGCAGCCCUGCGUAGGCAGACUCUCUCUGUUCACUGGCAUGGAGCUGGUGACCAGGCCCGGGUGUACCUUAGAGAGAGAGGGUGAUCUGUGGACCAGAAGAGACAGGGUGGGGGUUGCGCAGAGGGACUCCAGGCAAAAUUCAGGCUUUGCCUCAACCAACACAAUGAACUCGCCACUCCUCUCUCCGGACGAAACUAGCGAUAGCCCUCCCCUGCCCAUGUGUGACAUCCCACCCAGCAACAUCCAAUCAGUGUCUGCCUUCUCUUUCCUCAACCUUUGACCUAAGGUCCAGCAGAGGUUAAAGUGAGGAUAUUAUCUUAGAUAUGUGUUAUUGUGACCUCUCGCUCUUUAUAGCAAUAUGGCGGACGGAUGCAGAACUGCUUUUGCCUGUCCUGUCUCUUCCACAAGCGAAGGAGAAGUUUGGCUUGAUGGCUAGUUGUAUGAUGUGACAGUUCAGCUCCUGGGUCGGUUUACGUUUUUUGAGCUUCAGGUUACAGAUGCUUUGACUCAGGACUCGUUUAAAGCCUGGGUCACACAGCCAAUCUGAGAAGACAUGGUCUCUUCUCAUCCUAUCCCAUAUCAUUUAAUCUCAACUGGAAUUAGUUCGUAGUUUGGGUUCCAGGAUUCAAAGGGCCUCUCUGGGCCAUGUCAGAGACCUUGCUUGAAUCUUCUGUGCUUAUCUUGUCACACAAACGCCUCAUAUCCAGUUGAGAUGAGUCCAGAUCUUCUCAGAUUUACAGCGUGACCCAUAGUUAAACUAACCCACUGUCACUAUGCCUAGUCUACUCUACCAUACACCCUUAACUUUUGUUUUGUAUUUUGCACUACAAUUAAUAUUUUGGCCUUGAUUUAUAUAAAUGUGUGUAGUACACGUGAUUUAUGAAAGACCUCCACUAACAGUGUAAACAGUACAUGACAUAAUGAUUUAUGACUGUAAUGGCUCCUUCUAUUGAUCCAGUGGCUGGGACUGGAUUUAGAGCAUGUGUCACAGAUAGGUAUCGGAGGAAUGGAUUCAGGUAGAGUUUCCAUCUGCCAUUACUAUAACCAUGCUCUCUCUCUCUCUCUCUGUGUGUGUGUGUGUGUACAUGUGCAAGCAUGCUUGUGUGUGUGUGCGUAAACAUAUAACUACAGUUGGUUCAAAAGUAAUGUGUCUUGGUAUGAGGGGUAGAAAACCUUUCAGUUUAUUUUUGUUUGUCUAAAGUUUGACAGAAGCCAUGUUGUUGCACUCAUGAACAGCUGUGUGACAUUAAAACAUGCUGUAGUUCUGUUACAGCAACUGUACCAAAACAAGACUGGAAUGACUGUAUUGUCAUGAUUGUAAGUGUACUGGAACUUAAUCAAGAUCACAAAUGUUUUGCCAACCCAAAUUUUAUUGUCAAUGUUAAAUGAAUGCUUCCAAAAAAUAAUCAUAACCUUACAUUUUGCAAUGGUAAAUGUGAAAUUCUAGAAUGU